CCCUGAUUUGCCUCUGCGAUACCUUUAUCUUCCAGUGGGUUUCUCUGCAUAUAUACUCUCUCUUCUCUCUGUCUUACGCACUCCGCGCCAUCGGACUAUGGCAUCGGCAAUGGAGUCAUGGAACAAAGCAUCUGCGGAAGAGCGCAAUUCAGAGCCUGCCGCCCGAAGUUUGCCGCAUUCCACACGUUACUGGACGGAACCGUUGCGAGCGGAUAUGUUCGUGGAAAUGCAGCUGCUUCUUCUCACGUUCAGCACUGGCAUUCAGGACGCCAUAUGCUUUCCCGACUUUCACGGCUUCGCAUCCAAUCAAACAGGUAACACCGUUUUGCUCGCGGUCGGACUUGCAGGCAACAGCGGUGUUUUCAAUCUUACAAACAUUGGACUCAGUCUGGCCGCAUUCAUAGCGGGUGCUAUCUUCACCGGGCAGAUCGGUAAUCCUAUAGGUGGCACCCGUAGAUGGUGGCAGUUUCUGGUCAAUAUCAUACAAACAGCUAUGAUCUUCGGUGCGGCAGCUAUCCAGCACUUACACGGGGUGCGUGAGAUCGGGCCAUGGCCACACUUCGCGCUCGGGCUACUCGCAGCAUCAUCCGGCUCACAGGUUGCAUCGGCGAGAGCUUUCAGGAUGACAGAGAUUAGCACCGCCAUGGCUACUGCGGCCUGGGUAGAUCUGGUCAUUGAUCCGGCAAUCCUUGCCCGCAGCAACAGAUCGAGGAACCGGCGCUCGACUUUCCUGAUUGCUCUCGUGGCUGGCAGUUUUGCUGGAGCGUAUAUGCAAGCCAGAAUAGGCUCAUCGUUGGCGCUGUUUGUCUCGGGAAUUGGCAAGGUGCUUGUUACGAUCGCCAUCUUGCUAACACGAGCACGGUCAGCAGACGCCAAGUGACCGACUCAAUUUCGCGUCUUACCUGAGCGUACGGCAUGCCUUGGAAAGUGUCCAAGCCAGCCAGCGAGUCGGAUGGAAGAAGAAUCUGGCCCGUUCCAAGCCGAUCCCCUGCGUCCGACUUGCAGUUGGAGUUCUAGGGCAAGCAACAUGCUCACAUGGUCAUGACUUCAUUAGUGUCGAAAUGUUGGUUUUGCAUGCCGUCGAAGACUGAGUCGGUGUCAGCGCAGCAUGGGCACAUAGCCGCUCAUGGCUAUGCCCUGGGAGAAUACUUACGAUCGAACCAAUUCAGAUCAUUCAGAUCUGCCGGUAGAGCACCCAUGCUCAUGUCAAUCCCACUAUCAUCGGCAGACAUACCGGAUGA